AUGGACCACGAGUCCGCCAACGGGACGGUUGCUGGUAACGGCACUCUGGGUUUGGCGCCACCUCUCAAUACCACGUCCGACGAGGACGAGCUGUACCAGGUGCCCGUCGAGAUUAUUGUGCUGCUGUCCUUUUGCUACGGGCUCAUCUCACUGGUUGCCGUUGCUGGCAACUCCAUGGUGCUCUGGAUCGUGGCCACGUCACGGCGCAUGCAGACUGUCACCAACUUCUUCAUCGCAAACUUGGCCGUGGCCGACAUCAUCAUCGGGCUGUUCUCCAUUCCGUUCCAGUUCCAGGCGGCCCUUCUUCAGCGCUGGGUGCUGCCCGAGUUCAUGUGCGCCUUCUGCCCCUUCGUACAGGUGCUCUCGGUUAACGUGUCCAUAUUCACGCUGACUGCCAUCGCAUUGGACCGCUACCGCGCCGUGACAGCCCCGCUACGCGCCCGCUGCUGCUCAAAGUUCAACGCGAAAGUGCUCAUCGGCGUUGUGUGGGCCGUGUCGACGGCGGCUGCUUUGCCGUACGCCCUCGCACUACGCGUCAUUCUCGUCUACGACUCGGUGUCCGGCGAAAUAUCGCGGCCCUUCUGCAUCAACGUGGUACUGCCGCCGUUCGCCUGGAAAGUUUACAACCACGUGCUCGUCGGUCUGCAGUACUUUCUGCCACUUUGCGUCAUCUGCUACACGUACGGACGCAUUGGUGGCGCGGUGCGCAAUUCGCGCACGCCGGGCAACGCAGAGACUGUGCGUGACACCAACAUCAUACGCAACAAGCGAAAGUUCGAAAUCUUCCACGAACAGUUGCUGAUCUUGUUUGUCAACAUUCUCAAGCUGAACAUUCUGUAG